CAUUUAUUAAAAAAAUAUUUUUAAAUCAAAUGCAAAUCCUAAGCUUGAAUAAAUAGAUUAGGUUAGAACAUUGUAAUAUAUGAAAGUAACAAUUGUUUAUACAGGUCCUUCCCUGCCCCAAACUCACUAACUACUUCCUCUGCGGACUAUAACGCUUCCACGUCUCCCCAUUGCUUUCUUCACUCUUACUGUCCCCUUCAUAUAUAGAAAAAGAAGCUGAAACCCAGAAAAACUCAAGAAAAAGAAAAGAAAAAGAAUGAGAGUUUUGAAAUCCCAAAGCGUAAAACCCAGACCCAUUUCAGAGUUAUUGAUGAAAGUGGGUUCGAUUCGAUGCUACGUUAGUAGUUGUAGGGCAGUGUUGUUGCCUCGGUUCGGUGGACCUGAGGUGUUGGAGCUGCGACCCGAUGUUCGAGUUCCUGAUCUUAAGCCCAAUGAAGUCCUCGUUCGAGCACGAGCUGUCUCUAUUAAUCACCUUGAUACCAGAAUGCGAUCAGGUUAUGGUCGUUCCAUAUCUGAACCGCUUCUGCCUCUGAUUUUGGGACGUGAUGUUAGUGGCGUAGUUGCUGCUGUUGGAGCUUCUGUGAAGUCACUGACUGUAGGGCAGGAAGUUUUUGGUGCUUUGCACCCAACUGCUGUGAGGGGCACAUAUGCUGACUAUGCAAUUCUUUCAGAAGAUGAGCUUUCUCCAAAACCAGCAUCGGUUACUCAUGUGGAAGCAAGUGCCAUUCCUUUUGCUGCAUUGACCGCAUGGCGUGCCUUAAAAAGUACUGCUAGGAUAACUGAAGGGCAAAAGCUGUUAGUAGUAGGUGGUGGAGGUGCAGUUGGUUUUGCUGCAAUACAGCUUGCAGUAGCUGCAGGGUGCCAUGUUACAACUACAUGUGGAAAUCAAAGUAUUAAUCGAGUAAUGGCAGCAGGUGCUGAGCAGGCUGUUGACUACACUGCUGAGGACCUUGAAGUGGUAAUUAAGGGAAAAUUUGAUGCUGUUCUGGACACCAUUGGUGUACCAGAGACAGAAAGAAUAGGCAUCAAUCUUUUGAAUAGAGGUGGACACUAUAUGACACUUCAGGGGGAGGCAGCAGCUCUGAGUGACAGGUAUGGACUACCAAUUGGGCUCCCUAUGGCUACAGCUGUUUUACUGAAGAAAAGGAUUCAAUACCAGUAUUCUCAUGGAAUAGAAUAUUCAUGGAUAUACAUGAGGGCUGACUCGGAAGGUUUACAUGAAAUACGUCGAUUAUCAGAAGCUGGAAAGCUGCAUAUACCUGUAGAAAAAACAUUUCCCAUAACUCAAGUAAGAGAGGCUCAUGAAGCUAAAGACAAGAAGCAAAUCCUAGGUAAAGUAGUGCUGGAACUUGAUUGAAGUUAAUUCUAAAAGCAUGAAAAUAACUUCGAAUUUUUGUAAUUCGAUCUUUCAACAGUUAGGAUAUGGUUUUCUUUUCUUGGCUUGCCCCCUACAUACUAGGAUGUUGUAUAUAAUAUGGGAAUUUUGGAGUGCAAGCCUUCAGUGUCCUGUCAGAAUCUGUAAAUCGCUUGAGCAUAAAUUUUUUCCUUCAUUUUGCUGAAAUUUUAUAGUUUAAGCAUUUUGAAUCAAAAAAUGAAAUUCAUUUGAAUGUGUUACUUGAUUGAACCAUCUAUAAUUAUUAUGAAAGCUUCUGUAAAAUGGUUUGGUCAUCUCAAUUUCUAAAAAUGCAGAAUUUCUGUCAAACUGGGAUGUACCAAUCAAAAGCCUGGGAAAGAAAAGUAUGGGUUAUCCAAUCAGGGAACUUUGAAAUAACCCAGAAAGCUUCAUCUCUUUGAAAGUUCAUCUAUCUUUUGCCUCAAGUUCUCCACCUCUUUCUCUAAAUUUCUGCUUUUCUGAGUCGGUGCGUGGCAGAAACAAUCACACCACUGGUCCAAAGAUAAUACCAAAAAUCUUCUGAAAUGUAAGAAGAUAUUGCUGUAGGAAAACAGCACAGGCCCCCAGCUUAUUAUUAGCUAACGAGUUCUGACUUUUGACCUCUAUUUCUUGCUUACACUGUACUUCUGCCCUGGAGUUUCUAUGCACCUCGUAGAUUAUAAUUAUAGCACCUCCAGCAACCUGAAUAAAGAGAAAUGAAAGUUUUUAUGUGCUAAGAAAAAUAUACCCUUCAUAAUAAAUCAAACAAUGGGUGAGAAUCCAAAUCAUGUCAUCAUUAAAUAUCUAGAUAAUAUACCCUCCAAGAAUCAAUAGGCAGAAUUUAUCCUUUAAUUAGUUCAAAAGAAGGAAAAUAUAAAUAUCCAUAUGAUUAUUGGCAAAAGGAAUUAUAAAUGUUACAUCUGUCAAAUCAAAAUUAAAUGCGUUGUACUCCCACAAAAAUAGUAUAUUAUAUGAUAGUACCAACAAAUGAUAGCCAAUUGAAUUACAACCUAAAAUCACUUAACAUUGAACACAAUAAACUUACCUGUUGAACCAAUCCUCUUUGGUUUUUUUUUAUCUCACUUCCUGCGAGUAUUUAACUUAUGAAUGUCCGAAAUAAUGCAGCUUAGCCCAACUAAGGCUCAGAUAGAUGUGUCAUAGUCAAUACACCAAACCUUAUGGUCAUGAAUAAUGGGAUCGAUCCGGUCCAAUCAUGCCUCAUAACCCUAACCUCGACUAGCCAACUCCAAGCUUGGACCACUUAAUCUUGAACCAUAUGCUGAAAGAUUGACUUGACUCCCCACUAACAUGGAUGGCAUCAUGAUUUUGGAUCAAAAUCCUCAAAUGUCGUAUGCCCCCUUCUUUUGUGACAUUACAGUUGGCUUGACCUUCAAUUUGGGUUUGAUUUAGAAUGCCAAAUCAUCUACUUUAAUC